UUCAAAAUGGCGGACAGAGGAUCAACGACUCAAGAUGAGCGCUCAACUGCAGAUUCUACAAGCUGCCCAACAGAAUUGAGUAAGAGCACGAUGGAGAACGGCACAAAUGGAGUUCAAGUAGCUCAAUCCAAUGGCCUCGACGCGACAAAUGCAAUCAGCAAUGUGCAAGCGCAAGCGUUGCUCCAACAGUUGAGUUUGACUCCAGCGCAGCUGUUGUUGCAGCAGACGCAGGCGCAGCUCUUGGCCGCAGCCGUGCAGCAGUCUGCAGCUCAACAGAGCAGCACCACAGGAGCGAACAUCUCCGCCUCCGCUGCCACGCCCAUCAGACUGUCACAGCCCAUUCAGUUCGCAUCUCAGUUGCAGCCGCAGGGUUUGAACCUGCAGCAGUUUGUGUUAGUUCAGCCCGGUCACUCUAUUCAGCCGCAGUUCAUCAUCUCUCCAUCUGCUCAGGGUCUCCUGCAAGCUCCGAAUGUUCUGACUCAACUACCUCAAAGCCAAGCGAACCUCGUGCCCGCUCAAACUAGCAUCACGCUCACUACACAGGCAGCGACGCCAACGAGAAAGAUAGCAGCGAUGCCAUCUGCGGCCACGCCUGCUCCGAAACGCGUCGACACGCCGUGUGUGGAGGAAGCCAGUGACCUUGAAGAGCUCGAACAGUUUGCAAAGAAUUUUAAACAGAGACGCAUUAAACUGGGCUUUACUCAGGGUGACGUAGGUUUGGCGAUGGGAAAACUCUACGGCAACGACUUCAGUCAGACCACCAUUUCCAGAUUCGAGGCGUUGAACUUGAGCUUUAAGAACAUGUGUAAACUCAAACCGUUGCUGGAGAAAUGGCUCAAUGACACAGAGAACAUGAGUUCUGACUGUGUGGUGUCGAGUCCAAGCGAGAUGUCUCCGGGUCUCUGUGAUAGUCUGAACCGCCGCAGGAAGAAACGGACCAGCAUCGAGACCAACAUCCGUCUGGCGUUAGAGAGGAGCUUCCUGGAGAAUCAAAAACCUUCAUCAGAGGAGAUCACUCUAAUCGCAGAUCAGCUCAGUAUGGAGAAGGAGGUGGUGCGUGUUUGGUUUUGCAACCGCAGACAGAAAGAGAAGAGAAUCAACCCACCCAGCAACAGCAGCUUGCACAGCACACCCAUCAAACCCAUCUACAGCUCCACACCAGCAGUGUCGAGCAGCACAAACACACUCACAGUGAGUCCAGUCGUUUCUCUGAACACCAACAUUCCCAACAUCACUUUCAGCGGUGCUGCUCUGGGUCAGGUGACCUCUAACACAGCAUCGGUCAUCUCCAUGGCGCCUGCUAUGACAUCACCAUCAUUGAGCCCGUCCGUCACGGCUGCGACGCUGCCCACUGCGAAACAUGCUGCCACCCCACAGACUGUUUCCACAACAACGACAGUCACGCCGGGGGCGGGGCAGCUGGUGUUGACGGGCACGGGACUGGGCGGAGCGAAUCUGGCAACGGUCGCUGGUCUUAAUCAAGCCAUCUUAACGCCACAGUUCACUCAAGGUGGAGCGCUGUUGAGUUUGACUCCUGCUUUUGGAAACGCUUUGAGUCCAGCGUUGAUGAAUAACAACACACUGGCCAAUAUACAGGCUCUCGUGUCCGGCGCCGCACUGCCGAUCACCUCCAUCGAUGGAAGCACGAGCCUGCUGUUCGCCAACACUAGCGCAACAAACACUUCGCCCAGUCUGAUGACCACGCCUUUUUUCCUCAACCCAUCCAGCCUCUCUCUGCUGUCAGGGGGCGGGGCAUUCAACUUGCAGGUGACCAAUGACGUGCAGGCUAAAAGCGUCGUUUUGGCCUCGAAGGCGCAGUGAGCGUCUGGUGACUCUUUUAAACUUUAUUUAAUUCUGUUGCUAUAACCAAAAAUUCGGACCCAUGUAGUUCUUCCCUCGGACUGACUGUGUCCGCAAGUCGUCUUCAGUUCUCGCGUUUCUGCGCGAUGUUUCUCACGUCAACGGUGCGGAAUGAACUGGACUUUUCCUGAAAUCUGUUUGUUAAGAUUCUAACGUCUAAAUUUACCAAAAAUGUGAGGAAAUCCUUCGUAAGAGAUUAUUUCACGAGAGUUUAUAUUUCUCUUUCUAUGAUGUUUCUGUUGUUUUUAUUUGGGGGUUUGUUAAAUGUUUGAUUGUAGAUGAUUUCAAAUGUAUAACCAAAACAUUUCAGUUCUUUUAUGUUGUACUUUCAGAAGUUAAUGCAGUUACUGGAGAUAUUCUAUCACAUGUUUGGGAGGUUUUUUACACUAGUAUUCUAACUUUAUAUACACGGUUAGAAGGCUUUAAAACUAGUAAUAUUAAAUCACAGUGAGUUUCUCCUGUGGAAAGAUGCAAAUGAUCUUUUGAUCUGUCACUGAUUCUGUUUCAUAUCAAUCAUCCACGGUUGGCAUCACAUACAUGUGCAUUAAAUCUGUGUGGAUUUGACGCUUGUGCUGCGACAUCAAAUACUGGAGGAUGUGAUUUUAUUCAUUAACAUGUUCAGUAACCGAGUGUGAUCUACUAAAUCUGACGACAAAUGAAACAUUGUGUCCUGAAAACACGCAGUGCAAUAAGACAACAAAUCGUAUAGAUGCCCGCCCUCUGUAGCCCCACCCACUGUGAGAUCUCAUUGGUCCAAAAUGUUGCUGUACAUGAAACAUCAUUUGUUUUCUGAUUGGUUGUCAUGUUGUUGCGUCACACGGUGUAAACACACGACAUGUUGUGCUGGUGUAACACUGUCUCUGUUUUAUGAAUAAGGUCAAAAAUAAAAUGCAAACUAAAACCAUUCUGAUGUAAAUAUUUCAUUCUGUUCAAUCUGACCAUUUCACCCACUCUGCAACGGACGGGU